UCCUGCGGGCCGGUGGUGCCCGGUGCUGCCCGCGGCCUGGGCCUCCGCCGCCGCCGCCGCCCAGCCCCGCGGCCGCCAUGCCGCACAGCUUCAAGCCCGGAGACUUGGUCUUCGCCAAGAUGAAGGGUUACCCGCACUGGCCGGCCCGGAUCGAUGACAUCGCGGACGGCGCCGUGAAACCCCCUCCGAACAAGUACCCCAUCUUCUUCUUCGGCACCCACGAGACCGCCUUCUUGGGCCCCAAAGAUCUCUUCCCUUAUGAAAAGUAUAAAGAUAAAUAUGGGAAACCAAACAAGAGAAAAGGCUUCAACGAGGGAUUGUGGGAAAUCCAGAACAACCCCCACGCCAGUUACAGUGCCCCUCCGCCUGCCAGCUCCUCUGACAGCGACGUCCCUGAGCACGACCCGAUGGGGGGCAGCGACGGAGGGGAGGAUGAGGAGGACACUGCCAUGGCUGCGGUGCCCGCGGAGAAGAUGGAGAGCGACGAAGACUCGGACAGGGGCAGCGACCAGAGCAGCCUGAAGAGGAAAUCCAUGGCUGUGAAAAUGCCAGUGACAAAACGGCCUCGGAAAUCCUCCAGUGACCUGGAUCAGGGCAGCCCCUCCAUGACAGAGGAAGAGAACUCAGAAUCAUCUUCUGAGUCAGAAAAAAACAGUGACCAGGACUUCACUCCCGAGAAGAAGCCAGUGGCCAGGGCUCCCCGGAGGAUGCCAGCAGCAGGGAGGAAGAAGAAGAAGGUGGAGUCUGGCUCUGACUCGGACUCCAAAGGAGACUCAGACUCAGAGAUGGGCAACGCAGCUGCGCACGCGGCCAAGUCAGACUCCAACUCCGACUCCGACUCGGACGUGUCCGUGAAGAAGGCUCCGCGGGGCAGGAAGCCAGCUGAGAAACCUCCUCCCAAGCCCCGUGGCAGGAAACCGAAGCCUGAGCGUGUCCCCACCAGUUCCAGCAGUGACAGCGACAGCGACAGCGACGUGGAUCGCAUCAGCGAGUGGAAGAGGCGAGAUGAGGAGAGACGAAGGGAGCUGGAGGAGAAGAGGAAGAGGGAGCAGGAGGAAGAGAUCCGUCGACUCCGGGAGCAGGAGAAGGAGGAGAAAGAGAAGAGGAAGGAGAAGGCAGAGAAGGGUGAAGAGCUGCACUCGGACUCGGACAGCAGCGCCGAGGAUGAAGUGGCCAAAAAGGGACGGAAGGGCCGGGCUAAGGCUCCGUCCUCCUCGGACUCUGAGCUGGAGCUGGAGAAAGAGGUAAAGAAGCCAGUGAAAAAGCAGCCCUCAGAGUUGUCAAGGAAACCAAACCAGAAGGAGAAGAGGGGCAGAGCAGAGGAAAAGUCACGGAACAAACCUUUGAAAGUGGAGCGAGGUCGGAAGAAAUCGGAGCUGAUCCCCGAGAGGAGAAUAGAGAAGAAAAAGGAGCCCACAGUUGAGGAGAAGCUUCAGAAGCUCCACAGCGAGGUCAAGUUCUCCCUAAAGGUGGAUAAUCCGGACAUCAAGCGGUGUCUGAAUGCACUAGAGGAGCUGGGCACGCUCCAGGUCACUUCUCACAUCCUCCAGAAGCACACUGAUGUGGUGGCUACGCUGAAAAAGAUUCGCCGCUACAAAGCCAACAAGGAUGUGAUGGAGAAAGCUGCUGAAGUCUACACCCGCUUGAAGUCACGUGUCCUGGGACCAAAGAUGGAGGCAAUCCAGAAAGCCAACAAAGCUGGGCCUGAGAAGGACAAGGGGGAGGCAGAGAAGGGCCAGGAGAAGCUGUCAGGAGGGGAGACGAGAAAUGAGAAGGGCGAAGAGGAGACCAAUGCUGACUUGUCAGGUCCUGUCAAUGGGGAAUCCCUGUCCCAGAAAGCAGAGGGCACAGAGGAGAAGGACAAAAGCCAAGGGCCAGGAGCUGGAGAUCCAGAGGCACCCACCGAGGGGACCCACACCAACAGCAUGCAAGACUAUCCCAAGGCCGAGCGAGCUGGGCCGGAGCGAGAGAGGGCUCGUGGGGAGGCAGAGGCUGUGGAGGACACGGAGGAGAGCUGAGGGGCAGAGGCUGUGGCAGGACACCAGCCUCUGCCUCCUCCCCUGCUUGAGUUACUUCACCAAGUCACGCUGUAGCUGAUGUCUUAGGUCUUGUUCUGUGCCCCCAACCCGUGAGAGCUGCGGGGGAGCUGUGCUGGUUGUCUGUAUUUGUUUCCCCCUCUCUUUAUUUGGGUUGGUUUGGGGUGGGGGGGGAGGUGUUGAUUUAUUUUGGAGUUUCUUUUUUUGGGGGUUGUUUUUUUGUUUGGGGUUGGAGUUUAGUUUGGGUUUGGGUUUAGUUUGGGUUUGGGUUCAGUUUGGGAUUGAGUUUAGUUUGGGUUUGGGUUUAGUUUGAGUUUGGUUUUUAGUUUGAGUUUGGGUUUUAGGUUGGGUUUGGUUUUAGGUUGGGUUUGGUUUGGGUUUGGGUUUAGUUUGAGUUGUUUGGUUUUUAGUUUGAGUUUGGGUUUUAGGUUGGGUUUGGUUUUAGGUUGGGUUUGGUUUUUAGUUUGGGUUUGGGUUUGAGUUUAUUUUGGGUUUGGUUUUUAGUUUGGGUUUGGGUUUUAGUUUGAGUUUGGGUUUUAGUUUAGAUUUGGGUUUUAGUUUGGGUUUGGGUUUAGUUUGGGUUUGGGUUUUAGUUUGAGUUUGGUUUUACUUUGGGUUUGGGUUUUAGUUUAGAUUUGGUUUUUGGUUUGGGUUUGGUUUUAGUUUGGGUUUGGUUUUUAGUUUGGGUUUGGGUUUGGUUUGGGUUUGGUUUUAGUUUAGGUUUGGUUUUUAGUUUGAGUUUGGUUUUUACUUUGGGUUUAGUUUGGGUUUGGUUUUACUUUGGGUUUGUUUUUUUUUGUUUGGAUUUGGUUUUAUUUUGGAUUUGAUUUUUAUUUUGGGUUUGUGGUUUUUUUCUUUUGUUUGGGUUUGGUUUUUAGUUUGGUUUUCAUUUUUAUUUGGGUUUUCAUUUUGGUUCUCCCCUCCCCCCCACCCCUCCCUUCCCCUACCCUAAUUUCUUGUGAUUUCAAUCGACAUUAAAUGAAUAUAAAAGGGUUUUGUAAUGAAAAAACAAAAACACAA